AACAUAAGAGCUUAGCUUCCUUCUCUUCCCACAAGGAAUAAUGAUUUACUAGAUGCAAGACAACAGUUUGGAAUUUGACUGUCCCGACAUCAAAUAGCUGCUUGGGAUCGGUAACCAUUUCUCAAAUUAGCUAUAAUUUGUUCAUUCCUUCUUUUUUUGAUGAUAAAACCAUUUCAGAAGAAGUUGAUCUUGAUUCUACCAAGAAGCAUAUGCAGCGGCUAUGGGAGGUGUAUUGGUAAUGUUAGAACUUCCUGUAGAGGAAGUGGUUGGGAGAACGACUGCUGGAGGUCAUGGUUGAGAUCCAUCAAGGAAUCCCAUCAGCUUGUGGCCACGAAUGAUGGGGAUCAGUUGAGACUGCAUAACCUAAUAGAGAUUGGAUGAUUGAAAUUUGGGGACAAAGGAGAAGAAAUAAGAAAAGACAAGGAAGCAUAUUUUGACGUGAGAGUCUAUUUAGCUCUCAUACCAUAUAAGGCUUGAGUCUUGAAUGUGUUCCCCGUCCGUUUUGAUGAAAAGAGUUGUAUUGUAACUAGGGCAAGAGAUGUCACCAGGUAGGAUCGUGGAGAUAAGGACUUAGAGAUGAGGAAGAUACAGCUUGAAAACAUUCUCGUACUGGGCUGAUUUUCACAGAUGGAAGGGUGGAUUCCAUCUGUAUGGAUCAGCCCGUAAUAUAAUGGUUCUCGUACGAGAACCUGAUCCACAUUCAACUCUGUCAGUAGUCAGCCUUGUCUAUUCUGAGUCCAGAACAGGUCCUUGCACGAGGAUGGUUCUUGCACGGUUCCUGAUCCACACAUGGAAUCUACUCAGUCUCUCUCUUCUAGACAAUGUAAGAGUGGUUCUCUAGUUCCUGAUCCAAACUCAUCCACUAUUUUCUCAUCAUCUUUCUUCUCUUUACCAUUUCUCACCGGCAAGAUACAAAGAGAGUGCUUUUCGUUGAGAGUUUCUGGGAAAGAUAAGGACAUAGAGAUGAGGAAGACAACACUUCGAAAAACACACUCGGUUAGCCUUAUCUAUUCUGUAAGGUCCUAUUAUAUUCUCAUCAUCUUUCUCUUUUUUCACCAUUUCUUACCGGCAUGAUAAGAAGAGAAGCAGAGGAAUAUGGGCACCGCCAAGCUCUGGUUUGCUUUCUUCAUGGUUGUAUCACUUCAGGUAUUUGAAUUGGUCGUCUCUACAAGGGAAUUGGAAACGACAUCAGUCACGCCACCACUGCCUAUUCUCCCUACCCCAACCUUUGGCUAAUUGAGAUGGCAGCAGCGAGAACUCAUAAUGUUUUUUCACUUUGGAAUGAACACUUUCACCGAUUCAGAAUGGGGGAAUGGUAAUGAGAGUUCAUCCCAGUUUAAUCCGACAGGGCUCAACGCCCAUCAAUGGGUUGAUGUCGCUUCCAAGACUGGAGUAUCUCUGGUGAUCCUGACAGCCAAACAUCACGAUUGGUUCUGUCUGUGGCCUUCGCAGUACACACAGCAUUCUGUCAAGAACAGUCCAUGGAAGAACGGCCAUGGCGAUGUGGUCAGAGAGCUGGUUGAUGCUGCAAACACUAGUGGCAUAGAUGUGGGGCUCUAUCUCUCCCCUUGGGAUAGGCACGAUAAGAGAUACGGGCUCGAGCUCGAGUACAAUGAGUACUACUUAGCCCAGUUGCAGGAAUUGCUCAAUAGAUAUGGGAGUGUUAAGGAGAUAUGGUUCGAUGGGGCGAAAGGUCCCAAUGCUACCAAAAUGAAUUACUACUUUGGAGAUUGGUUCUCCAUGGUGAAGGAAUUGCAGAGCUCCAUCAAUAUCUUCUCAGACGCAGGUCCUGAUGUGAGAUGGGUAGGAGACGAGAAGGGUUACGCCGGGAGUACCUGCUGGUCUACCAUUAAUCGGACUUCAUUGAGGAUAGGCGAUGGAAGCAUCGUUGGUUAUCUGAACGUGGGUGAUCCAAGAGGGACUGACUGGGUUCCUCCUGAAUGCGAUGUUUCGAUCAGAACCGGUUGGUUCUGGCACAAAUCGGAAGAACCAAAGCCAUUGAGCCAGCUUAUCGACAUCUACUACAACUCUGUGGGUAGAAAUUGCUUGCUCUUGCUUAACGUACCACCCAAUUCAACUGGGCUUAUAUCAGACGCCGAUGUCCGGCGACUACAAGAAUUCGGGCGAGCAAUUGACACCAUAUUCACCACCAAUUUGGCAGAGGGAAGCAUCAGUGAGGCCAGCAGCCAGAGAGGAGGAAAGAAUGGCGGGUUCGGACCUGAGAAAGCUCUUGAUAAAGACCACUUGUGGACUUAUUGGGCCCCUAACAAUGAGGCCCAUAAGGAGCAUUGGAUUGAGAUUGUUGCAAGAGAGAAGGGGUUUAGAUUCAACGUAGAAAGAAUUCAAGAAGCAAUUGGGCUGGGCCAGAGGAUCCAGUCACAUGAGAUCUACGCCGACGGGAAUCUUGUGGCAAAUGGGACGACGAUUGGGAACAAGAGGCUUCACCGGCUCGCAUUGGGGACGCUUCAAGCCCAUCGGGUGCGGCUCCAUAUCCGGGAAUCAAGAGGAUUGCCUUUGAUAUCGUCCAUUGGUCCCUAUUGGCAACCAGAAAAGGUUAAUAUUAAAAAUGGAACUCACCAAUGAGGUACCGCAGAAUAAUUUUACAGGUUGAUAUACAGUGAUUUUUUCUUUUUGUGUGUGUGUGUGUGUGUAAAGGGAGAAUUUCAUGUGAAAAGGAGUGAAAGGGA